AUGGAUUGUGAAGCAUUAGACACUCAAGUGUUAGCUGAAAAUGUUUCGUUUUUGAAUAACUGUUUUGACAAUUCAUUUAAUGUAAAAUGCUCAUUAAUAGAAGUUAAAGAAUAUAUAUCACAGGAAAAAGAAAGCUAUAAUAAAUGUAAUGUUUCUUUAGUUUCGACUAAAUGUAGAAAAAAGAAGCUGCAAUUAAGCAGCUUAGAUUCCAGCAGUUAUAAUACAAAUGUUUUAACGAAAAGUACUAAAGAAAAUAAAGAUUAUAAGAAUGAUUUGAGAAACUGGGGGCUGCCUAAUGAAAUCGUAAUAAAAUAUGCUCAAAAAGGUAUACAUAAAAUGUUUGAUUGGCAGGUUGAAUGUUUAAGUAAUCCAAAAGUAUUAUUUGAUUGUAAGAAUUUAGUUUAUUCUGCUCCAACGUCUGCUGGAAAGACAUUAGUGGCAGAAAUAUUGACUAUAAAGACUAUUCUUGAGAGACAAAAGAAGGUUAUCAUAAUUCUGCCAUUUGUUUCCAUAGUUAGAGAAAAAAUGUUUUACUUACAACAUAUUCUAUCUAGUUCAGGGAUUCGUGUUGAAGGAUUUAUGGGAUCUUUGUCCCCUCCUGGUGGGCUUCAAGCAGUACAUAUAGCUAUAUGCACAAUAGAAAAAGCCAAUAGCUUAGUAAACAAAAUGCUAGAUGAUAAUAGUAUCUCUGAUCUUGGGGCUAUAAUUGUGGAUGAACUACACUUACUUGGUGAUCCUCAUAGAGGAUAUAUUUUAGAGCUUCUCCUGACUAAAGUGAAGUAUAUUUCAGCUCAGUUAGAAGAUGUGCAAAUUCAAAUUAUUGGCAUGUCUGCUACACUGCCAAACUUAGAAGUUUUGUCAAAUUGGUUAGAUGGUGAACUAUAUGUAACAGAGUUUAGGCCAAUUCCUCUAGAUGAGUUUUGUUUGGUUGACAACAAAUAUUUUGAUAAGACUGGUAAGCCUACAGGAACUGUUGAAGUAAUGAUUGAGAAUAGUGAUAGUGACAAUGUUCUUAAUAUUUGUUUGGACACAAUAAAGGAUGGCUGUUCAGUAUUAAUAUUCUGCAUGACAAAAAGUAGAUGUGAAAAUCUGGCUCAGAGUAUUGCCUCUUCGUUUUUUAAAUUAGGUUGCAGUGGCCAAAAUAUUGGCUUGACCUUACGUGAACAACUUAAGACAGAUAUUAUUGGAGAAGUUUUAGAACAACUUAACAACUGUCCUGUUGGUUUAGAUCAAGUGUUGAAAAAUGUUAUCUCUUUUGGUGUUGCAUAUCACCAUGCUGGCCUAACUUUUGAUGAAAGAGAUAUCAUUGAGGGAGCUUUUAAAUCAGGGGCUAUAAGAGUCUUGGUAGCAACAUCUACCUUAAGUUCAGGAGUGAACUUACCAGCAAGAAGAGUAAUUAUUAGGUCACCUGUUUUUCAAAGACAGCCUAUAAAUAUUUUGACCUAUAAACAAAUGGUUGGGAGAGCUGGUAGAAUGGGUAAAGAUACAAAGGGAGAAAGUAUCCUCAUAUGCACAAAGUCGGAACAAAAGGCUGGUUUUGAUCUUAUGAUGGGAAAUCUAGAUCCAGUAAAAAGUUGUAUUGAAUGCGAGGAUAAAUUUAUGAGAGCUGUUAUUGAAAUGAUAGCUAGUCAAGCUGUGUGCACUAAAGCUGAAUUGGAACUUUAUUCGAAAUGCACUUUAUUAUUUAAUCAGUCUUCAGACUCUUCACCAAAUUCUCUUCUAAAGGAUACUUUAAGACAGUUAAUUGAUUAUGAACUUAUAAGGUUUCAAUUAGUUGAUGAUGAAGAGCGUUAUGUUGCUACUUCAUUGGGAAAGGCAUGUUUGUCUUCUAGCAUGGCACCAAAUGAUGGAUUAUCUCUGUUUUGUGAAUUGCAAAAGGCUCGGCAGUGUAUAGUACUAGAAACUGAUUUACAUCUUAUUUAUUUAGUUACGCCAUACAGUGUAAGUAGUCAAUGGGCAGAUUUAGAUUGGCUUCAUUUACUUACACUAUGGGAAUCACUUACAGUAGCUAUGAAAAGGGUGGGAGAGCUUGUUGGUGUUCAAGAGAGCUUUAUCAUUCGAUGUUUAAGACGUGGAGGAGGAAAUAAAGCAGCAUGUAUAAAGAAAUUAAAUGUUCAUAAAAGGUUUUAUACUGCUUUAGCAUUGCAAGAUUUAGUGAAUGAAGUGCCUCUUCCUGAAGUGGCUGCGAAAUUUCAAUGUGCUCGUGGUUUUUUGCAAGGUCUUCAACAAGCUGCUGCCACUUUUGCAGGAAUGGUCACAGCUUUUAGCAGACAAUUAGGUUGGAAAAAUAUGGAAUUGCUCAUAUCACAAUUUCAAGACCGACUGCAUUUUGGUGUCCAUUCAGAACUGUUAGAGUUGAUGAAAUUAACUUCAUUAAAUGGCGUAAGAGCUCGAACCUUGUAUAAUGCAGGAUUUGAAACAAUUUCAAGUAUAGCUUCAGCAGAUGUGAAUAUUAUUGAAAAUGCUUUACAUAAGGCUGUGCCUUUUCAAAGUGAAAAAGGUGGCGAAGAAGAUGACGACACAGACGUCCGAAAACGAAAUAAAAUUAGAAAUAUAUGGAUUACUGGCUAUUGUGGUAUGACUGCAAGGGAGGCUGCAAAGAACUUGAUUUUAGAAGCAAGAAAUUAUUUGCAAUUAGAAAUUGGAGUUAAAGUAAUAAAUUGGGAAGAUAAAACUAUUCAAACAUUGCACGAAAAUCCAGUCCAGAAAAGUGAAGUUGAUAUGGUCUCUAAAGUUAUUGGUGAGGAAAUAAAGAUAGGAUGUUCAUUAGAAUCAGAAAACCAACUGUCAGAGAGUAUACUUACUGGCACGGAACUUGAAACAGAAGAUACAAAAGAUAAUGUUUUAGUGGUUUCUAAAGCACAAAGCAUAAUGGAAAGCGAGUUUAAAAUUCGUAAUAAUAAUGAUGAAAACAAGGAUAUCUCUGUCCGUAAACAAGAAUAUGAAAAGAAAAAAGAAGAAUUGCCUGUUGAAUUUAAGGAACCUGAUAUUUUAUGGGAUUCAUUACAAAUAAAUGAAACUGCCUUAGAAAAUAUCUCGAAACUGAAGCUGACAGCUCAAAUUGUUUCACCAAAUAUAAGUUUUGGUGAGCUUGAAGAAGUCGAUUGUUCCAAUAGAAGUUUAACAGGCCAAGUCAAACAUAACAGUAAAAUUUUGAAAGACAUUAGUUUGUUUUCAUCUGAAGGUGAUAAUUCUAGUCUAUUUGAAGACAGUCUGCCAAUAGAUUCGAUUCCUAAUACUGUAAUCGAUACAAAAAUGGAAUCUAAAUGCGAGAAAACGUCACAUUCUGAUUAUUUAAAUAUUAACUCUAGCUCAAUUUUGGAAGCGUUUAAAAUCACCGUGGUUGAUAAUGAUGAAAACAUAAGAUUAUUUUACGUAAGUGAUGAUAGUGAUGAUGAUAUAGAUAAUAGUAAAGAUAUUAAAAUAGAAGAAGUCGAAAAAAAGUUAAGCCAAGUUAAAAAUGAAGAUAAUGAAGAAAUAUCAACACAAGAAGUGAACGAAUUAUGGGUUAAAAAAGAUUUUAUAAGCCCAUUAAAAAGGACUCAGAGAGCUAAAACUUCCUCACAACCAGUAGUAAAAAAGAAAAAACUAAAGAAUGAUUCAAAAUCAUUUUUGAAAAUCGUAUCUAGUCAUAACAAAGUAAAGAUGAAAUCAAUGAAAUCAAAAUUAUUUAACAUUCAAGUGAAUAAUGAAAUAUUUGAAUGUUAUAUACUUAGAGACAGUGACAUUAUUGAAAAUCUAAAUGUUCUCCAUAGCUCUGAGUUUGCAAGUUUAGUAUUAUUGACGACUCAAAAUGUACCGCCAUCUAGUUUGAUUGGAAAUACUAUUUUUAAUAACAUAAAGAAAUCGGAACCUUCUACUUAUGGCAUUACUAUUUAUUGUCCGUAUCAAUGUAUUUUUUUAGAUUUGUCUAGUCUUGAUAUACAACAGUUUACUUUGAAAUUUAUAGAAACAUUAACAAACACUAUGUGCAAAAUAAGAUCCCUAUCAGUGAUGAAAUUAUAUUUAGAUUUAAUGAAUUUACUUAAAGGCGAAUUGGAUAAAAUAUUUUCCGAUGUCCUAUUGUCGGAAUGGCUUAUUAAAAGUGAAGAAGGAUUUUCAAGUUUUCAGGAAUUGGCCAAAAAAUAUUGUGAUUUGGACUUAUCAAAAUCGAAAAUUAUAGUCAACAGCACUGAAAAGAGUUAUAAAAAAUUGGAUAAAAUCGAAGAUUCCUGUCUUAAAGCCUGGCUUGUGUUUAAUGUCGCCGCUAAACAGGAAAAGUUUCUUUUAGAUAGAUACCAAUUUGCACCAAAUAUAAUGAAUUUAGAAAAUCAAAUAUUAAGAAUCCUUGCGCUGAGUGAAUACCAGGGUAUAAUGGUUGAUAAGGAGCUUGCGUCUCAACUGUUGAUAGACGUAAAAAGCUCGCAAGAAGUCCUACAAAAGAAAGCUUAUAAGAUAUGUGGAUACCACUUCAAUUUCAACUCGUCCAAGGAUGUAGCUAAGGUGCUUGGUAUAUACAGAGGUCGCAAAGUGAGCACCAAGAAGAGCGUGUUAACUGCGCAUAAUAGUCCGAUGGCAAGCAUCGUUAUUUAUUGGCGGAAACUCAACUCGAUUCUCACUAAAACUCUGUAUCCACUUACUGAAAAGGCUCACAUAUACAGCAAAGAAAAUAGAAUAAAUCCUUCGUACACGAUGUUCACUUGCACCGGACGAAUUAGUAUGCACGAGCCGAACCUACAAAAUGUGCCGAGAACGUUUUCUGUGCCCCUCGAGUACCUUGAACUAGGGGAUUUUGAACCUUGUGACGACGUGAUAGAGUUCAACUGUAGGAAUAUAUUCAAAGCCUCGCCGGGUUUUGUGUUUGUCUCGGCGGAUUAUUGCCAGCUGGAGAUGCGGAUACUAACUCACUAUAGUAAAGAUGCUGUGUUGACGCGUAUUAUGGCGUCUGAUGUUGAUGUUUUCAAGUCAAUUGCGGCAUCUUGGGGCGGGAUACCCGAAAGUCAGGUAGACGACGAUCUUCGCCAAAAAGCGAAACAGCUCUGCUACGGUAUCCUUUAUGGAAUGGGCAACCGCACUUUGUCGCAGCAUCUUGACGUGUCAGAAAUGGAGGCCGCGGUGUUCAUGGACAGUUUUUACAAAACAUAUCCAGAAGUAAAGAAAUUCACCCAAAAUAUUAUAGAGGAGUGUCGGAGUAAGGGCUUUGUUGAGACUUUGAUGAAACGGAGGCGUUAUCUACCCGAUAUUAAUAGCCAAGUACCGUCGAAGAGAUGUACUGCAGAGCGGCAAGCGGUUAACACAACGAUACAAGGCUCUGCUGCAGAUAUCGCGAAGGCCGCCAUGUGUGCUGUAGAUAAUCAUUCAAAACCCCACCUAAUCCUUCAAAUGCACGAUGAGUUAAUUUAUGAAGUACCAGAAGCAAAGAGAGCGGUGUUUAUAAAAGUGUUAAAAAGAGCAAUGGAAACCACAGUUAGUCUAAACGUUCCGUUACCCGUUAAAGUGCGGUGUGGAGAGACGUGGGGUUCGUUGGAAGAAGUUAAAUGA